GCGGCUUGGCGGCCGGUUGUGAGAAUGGUGCGUUUCUUUGAUGAACAAAGACAAAUUGUUUUUAAGUUUAAGCUAGAUAAUGUCGUCUGAGUCUACAACAGUAAAGUUGGAGUACAUUAGUGACGAUAAAACAAGCAAGGAGGGUGGUGGAAGUCAAUCCCCGUUGGCACUCUUGGCAGCGACUUGUAGUCGUCUCGGGCCCGCUAACAUGGGGCCCGAUCAACAACAAGACAAAGACCAGCAGCAACAGCAGCAGCAACAACAACAGCAGCAGCAACAACAACAACAACAACAACAACAGCAGCAGCAACAGCAACAACAACAACAUUUUAGUCCACAACAGCAGCAGCAAGUCCAACAACAACAGCAACAACAACAACAGGCCCAGCAGCAACAACAAGUGCAGCAGCAGCAGCAAGUUCAACAACAACAGCAGGUUCAACAAGCUCAGCUUGUACAGCAACAGGGGGAGACAGUUACACUCGCUGCAAUACAGCAACACUAUCUGCAGCAGCAGCAACAGCAGCAACCACAGUUGAGGGUGAUCAGCACUGCUGUUGUACAACAGCUCAGAGCGCAAGGGCUGUCGGGUAAUGAACUAUCGGCUGCUAUUGUGAAUGCGGCAAGCACAGUACCAAAUGGUAUACAAGUACAACAACCGCAGGUAAUAUCUAUGCAACAGCUUCAGUCACUCUUAGGCAGCGGAGUGGUCACAAGUAGCGAUGGCACCACAUACCAGAACGCUGCACAGCCACUACUACAGAUUCAUCCACAGAUCUUACAGCAACAAGCUGGUAGUGUGUAUGGCGGGUGCCUGGUGGGGGGGAUGGGAGGUGUGGGGGGUGUGGCCCCCAUGCAGGCUGUCACCGUGGACGGACAGGAGGCGCUCUUCAUACCUGCACACCAUGCACAGAAUUUCUCUGGCAUGAGCCAAGUGAGUCUCGUGAACGGUCAACUAGUAAGGACUCCGGUGCUGCCGGCCGGGUUCCUACAAAACGUAAUGCACCUCCCCACAGGGGGCGUGGCUGUCCGCGGCGGGGUGGGGGGCGGGAUGGGCGUGGUCCCCGUGCAGGUGCCCGUAUCCGUGGCCAACGGACACACCGUGUACCAGACCAUACACGUGCCCAUACACGCGCCGCACCUGCAGAUCAUACCGCACAUCCAGCAGAUGCAAGCCCAGCCACAAGUCGCUAACGUGCUGACACCGUCCGGUCAGAUUCAGCAGAUACAAAUCGCCUCACUCGCUAACAUGCAGAACGCAGCUGGCCAGACGGCAGUUAGCGCCGCUUCCACACCUCCCACCAUCACUCUGCAGGUCCCAACGUUGGGCGUGGGCGGACUAGGCGGCGCAGUGCAGCUAGUGCCAGCGGUGGGCGGCGUGCAACUCACACAGAUACCACAGCCGCAGCAACAGAAUUCUGUUAGCAUAGGCCAGCAGAUCCAGCAGGACCCGAACGAGCCGGGCAAGUGGCAGGUGGUGACAGUGGGGGCCGGCAGCGGCAGCUCGGGCGGAGGUGCGGCCGAGUGCGAGGCGAGUGCGGCGCGCGCGGCCAGUCCGGGCGGCAAGCGACUGGUGAAGAGGGUGGCCUGCACCUGCCCCAACUGCGACCAGGGCGAGAAUCGACUCGUGGACCGAAAGAAGCAGCACGUGUGUCACAUACCCGGAUGUAACAAGGUGUACGGGAAGACGUCGCAUCUGCGGGCACAUCUACGAUGGCACUCGGGAGAAAGACCUUUUCUGUGUAACUGGCUGUUCUGUGGCAAGAGAUUUACCCGUUCGGAUGAGCUGCAGCGUCACAGGCGAACGCAUACGGGAGAGAAGAGGUUCGAAUGUCCCGAGUGCAGCAAGCGAUUUAUGAGAUCCGACCAUCUCGCCAAACACGUGCGGAUACACACCAAGAAUAGAAUUACGGAAGUGGCAACAUCGACACAGUCGAUGUACUCGGACUCUGGUGAAGACAGUUGUGAUGAUAAGAUGAUGCUCACUAUAGAGACUAUACACUCGGGUAACGAUGAUGAGAAACUAGUGAUGAUCCGACCGAGCACCAAGAUGGAAGCUGAUCAAAUCGACAACUGAAAGAUGCUAUGACGGUAGUAAAAAAUAUUUUCUAGUGUUUUCUACUGUGUAGAAAAUGAUACAACAUAAUAUGUAUCGGGUUUUGAAUAAGAGUGUAUGUGCCUCAAUUGUAAUCAAGUAUUGUAUUGGAUUGGCAUGAAUGAUAAUUUAUAUAUCUAGAUAGAGCCUCUGGCUGCUAACAACCGAUGAAAACAGGCCAGGUUUAUUACUUUAAUGUGCGUGACAAGCCACGUAUUACACUCGCAAUUUGUAUGUCAGCUUGUGUUAGUGUGCGUGCAUUGCUGUUAACUGUCAACGUGAUUUUUUUUCGACGUUUUCACAACUGUCACAGUCUAUCUUGAUGUAUAAAUGAUCUAACGGUAUGAACAUAACGUAUUGUUAGUAUAUAUUUUGUUUCAUAAAUAAAUCCUCCAAUUUGUUCGCAAAAUUUGUGUUCUUUGUGGGCGAUAUUUUUUGUACAGUUUUAUACAAUGAUUUUGGGUUAGUCGUUAGAAAAUAUAUUGACUGAUAUUAGCGCAUUAAUAUCAGUCAAUAUAUUUUCUCGCAACCACGCAAGCUUAAGGUACCGUACUAUCGUAUGAGGUAGCGCUGUGUACUUUUGUAAAAUAGACAUUUUCUUUUAUUUGUAUAGCGGCCAUCUUGGUUUACGCCAUUGUUGUAUCCGCCAUCUUGGUUUUUUUAUUUGUUGUUAUAAUUGCAAUUGUAAUACACAUAUUUCAGCUGUCUGUGGGCUAUAUUUCACCGGGACACCACGGUAGCGCAACCAGUCGCCGCUGCCAAUAAAAUAUAUUAUACAGCUCUAUAGGGAGUUACUUACCUGGUGUCGGUUUGUUUGCGCAACCAAUUUGGUGGCGUGACCAGAUCAGACGCGUGCACAGCAUGUUACUGGUCGCGCCACCAUUAAUUACUAUAAACCUGGUUGGUGUCUAACUCACUCGGCCGCCAGUGACGCUCGCACCUCAUUGUGUGCAACACGUGUGCACUGUUCUGUUUUAUUUUUUAAUUGCGUUUGUUAAUUGCAUACGAUGUAUAAUAUCGAUGCAGAAAGGUUUAUUAUCGAAAUUCAAAGUAGACCAUCAAUUUAGGAUAAUGCCUCAUCAGAUAAUUUUGAUAGAGAUUUUAAGGUUUUUUUUCUCAUAAACUUUCUUUUCCUACUUACAAGCAGCAGUAGUGCUAUCUCUUCAAGGUCCACUUUGAUACUGUGUUAGUCAGUGUCGUGUUUAUGGUGUCUAAAAAAAUUAGCCUUUACGCUUGUAGUUUAUGAGAUAUAGCCUGCUCAUAUAUGUAGUUCCCGUUGGUCAGCCUAAGGUUAUGGAGGCCUAAAAAGUAAAAGAAUCAAUAAAUGAUACAAAGUUAUUAAGUUCGCGGUAUAAAAGAGACUAUAGGAAGCCAACCGCAGCUAGCAAGCAACAGCUUCUGAAUCGCAAUAAAAUAGAAUGAUCAUAAAUGCUUAUAAAUGCAUAUUUUUCAAUUGUUUUUAGAGGCUACGUGGAUGCCACAGUGGCGCUUUUCCUUAGUCUUGGCCCUUCUUGUCCGCGCGGUCGUACCGAUUCGUUCCAUUGCGAAUUGGUACUUACUUGUAUUUAGGGCUUAUUACACUGACACGAAAUCAACUGCACGCUUUCUCUGCUCUUCUCGCACAACACGACUUUGGUAGAUUUACUGAAAUUUAUCAUUCUUUUUUUUUUUUCUUUAAUAAUAAUGCUUACCAUCUGCAUUGUAAAAGGCUGUGCGUCAACAUAUUAUAGCAAACAGUUUUUUAUUUUUUAAAGUGAUUUCCCUCACUUCUGGGAUAAAUUAUACAAAUUAAAUAUGUAACCAAAAUUUCCUAACGAUGCGGAAUUCGAUCCCCUCGCGCCUUCUCGCGUUCCGUCUCAGGACUCUUACCAACUGAAUCAACCGUUCGAGUGACGCGUGAAUCGUAAAUCUUGGUAUGUCUUGUUCAACUCUGAGGUUGUGGCUCCCGAAGGAAGUGGGUUCCAGCCCCGCUCCGUUCAUAAAUUUUGGUUACAAAUUUGAUUUGUGACAACCCUUGCAUAUUUUUCGCUACUAGAUGUCGAGACAAUUUUGUAGUUAUCGGUAUAACAAAAGGGUUGAGUUACUAUUUUUAUUUUAUUACAUAUAUUUACUACGUCUUACUUAUUCCAGUGGUAAAAAAAUACCAAUAGGUGAGCCCUUGUAUCUUAUCUCAGAUCGUCAAUGAUGACGUGAUGGUUGAAAUAAAAUAAAAUUAAUGAUGCGUUAUACGUUACACGCGAAAAGUACGCUCUGAUAUGCUUUUACUAACGCGCUUAAGAAAAAAUCUAUCAAUAUUUCUGUAUAAUGUGAUAAUAUUUUAGAAUUUGUCGAUAUGUUCUUUAAAUUAAUUUCCAGAACAGAUCUAGAACAUGUACAUAAUAUGUAUUAUUUUAAGUUAUUGUGAUGGUGAGAAAUUCAUACUAAAUGAACUGGCGGGGUUUUAAUUCUGUUUGUGGUUGGAGAAUACGUAUUGUAAUAUGUUAUAGUAACAGUUAAGAAUCAUGUAAAAUUUACUGAAGCACAUUCUACAUUUUGUACUUAUUGUUGAACUUUUGUAGGUAAUAAGUGAUGCUAAGAAACCUUGAGAUUCGAAAAUGUAACUUAAGUAAUCGAAAACGUCAGAACCGCCUUUAGUUAAGAUAAAUAUAAGUAAAAAUGUAAAUAAAUAUUGUGUCAAUCGAAUCGAUAUUUUAAGGCGUAUUGUAAUUUUUGCACAAAUUAUUUAUCUUAUUAGUUCCAGUUAUCACAAUAAGGUAUAGAAUUUUACUCAGUGACAUUAAUAAAGUAUGAGAUCUCAUGCACUGGUCUCUACUAUAUACCACUGGACUGGCGGCUGUCAAAAUUCUUUUGUGCCUGUUAAAUAUUCGCCAUUUUGGCGCUGUUGGCCAUGUAGCGAGAGUCGGCGGUACUAAAACUAGUGAUGACAACCUCAGCAAAAUCGAUAGAUGGUGGUAAACUAUUUACAAAAAAAAAAAGUGUACUUUAUUACGUUGAUUCUUGAAGUAUAAAUAACACGGAAAACGAACGAAAUUAAUUCAAAAUGCAAAACACUUCAAAGUAUUGUACGUUCCUUCGCAGCCAUUUGUAUUAUACGUCAAAAUUAGUUCUCUAAAUGCUCGCGAGUGGCGCUUCAAAUAGGCACAAAAAUUUGCUGUCAAACAUGGAACAGCCCGUCCAGUGGUGUUUAUACAGGUCAGUGGGUCUCAUGUCAACGAUAUAUUUUUGGCUUUUUGAGUAUACAUCAUGAUAUUUUGAAGCAGAAGUGCUACUUAACCGUAAUCAUAAAAAAUAUACAUUAUUCACCUAAAUAAAUAAAUUUUCCUUAAUAUCAUUUCCGAACAACCUGUAAGCAAUCUAGUAGCCUAGUAGACACCAACUUGUCCCACGCCGGGCUGUAGCCGGUCAGAACUCGUAGAACAGGGUAGCGCCGAUAAUUUACUUAAAUUUUUGGGUUUAAUUUUAAUGACAUAUUCAUUAGAUAGAUAAUUUAUACAUCUAGAAAGAGCCUCUUGCUGCUAGACAGGCAGCUGAUGAAAACAAGACAGGUUUAUUAAUUUCGUGUGCGGGACAAGCUACGUCUUACACUCGCGAUUUGUAUGUCAAUUUGUGUUAGUGAGCGUGCAUUGCUCAAAAUAGAGAUUAACGGUCAACUUAAAUUUUUUACGUCGUCUUCACACCUGUCACAUUCUAUCUAGACGUAUAUUACAUGAUCUAAGGAUUAUGGUUAAGGAGUUCUGCCCGUGUGUUUAUUUAAUGUCGCAAUUGUAGCGCCAAUCUAUAUAAAGUAGUAUUCUUAGAUACAAUGUCGUAGUUUCUACAACUGGCCACUAGAGGCGCUUUUCACUGUAGUACGUUUUGCAGAAUGUUAUAUUUGGAGUGUUUGAUAAUUUUUAAACCUUGAUUGGGAUAAUUGCUAGUAGAUUGUACGGUAAUUACUGUAUUAACGCGUUUUAUUACGACACCAAGCAUGUGAUGGAAUACUAGCGAGGUAUCUAAUUAAUUUGGUACCGAUUUUUUUCACGCUAUGAAUGUUAUCGGAUCCAAUUUAAUUCAUUCAUCACCGUUUUAUAAUAGCUAUUACAAAAAUUCGAUAAGUUUUAUAGGGUUGAAAUAUAUAAAAAACCAGAAACAUAAAAAUUAGAAUGUUAAAGUUCCGUGAAGAUAGAAGUUAUUUAAAGCUAUUUUAAGUUCUAAUACAUUAGGAUGUAAACAGAGAUAUUGCCUAAUAUAAAUUUAAUUUUAUAUGCACUAAUAAUAUAUUUUCUAGAGCAUUGCUAGCUGUCAAUGACCAUUUAAACUGAAAUAAAUUACGUUAAAUCUAUCGUUGUAAUUAAUUGUACAGUUAUUAGUGUUAAGUACUAGUGAUAUGAUGAAUCUGUGAUGGCAAUUGUGUGUUGUUGUGUAAACUUGUCCCAGUUAAUUGUACAAAAUAAGAAUUUGUCAUUCCCGUACAGUUUUUUUCUGUUAUACUCUUUUCUUACAAUAUUUUCGAUAUUUUUGAAAAUACGGGGCGUUUUUUGAUCGAAAUCAAAGAUUAUUUUCGCAUACUGCGAGAUUCGUGCGAGUAAAUCGCACGCAAUAAACAAUCACACUGAAAAAUCUUACAAAACGAUAAUAGAUAACAGACCUCAAUGCGAGUAAUAUAAGUUGAAUUGUACUGCCAAUAGGUGGCGCUGUUAAUGUCUCAUAGUUUGUUGGAAUAUCUAUAUUUCUACUUUUCGUCAAAGAUACGCUUUAAAAUGGUGAUAACGUUAGUGAAAUUGCAAACCGUACUGACGCAACAGGACGAGUGUGAGGGGGGAAAGGGGAAUGGGAGGGGGAAUUAUGUCUAUGAUUACAACGAUCAAGUAAAACUGUCUGUUUAGCGUUAUUGUAAGUAAUGUACAAAGUAAAUACGAAUUGGGUCCAAGUAGACUCGUGUUAAUGUUAAUAAGUUAAUGUACAGUGUAAAAAUGUAAGUCUGUAUAUAAUUUUAUUGUUGACAGUUUAAUAAAAUAUUUUAUUACAA